AUGAAUCGCAAGCCCGAUGCCCACUAUUGCUCCAUGCCAAGUCAAACUGCCGCAGCGUCUCCACAUUUAACUCAACGUUGGCAUCAACGCAAAUAUCCCCUAAUGUGGGCUUCCUCGCUGCACAAAUAUGAUUUUCUAGCAUUCAUCGACGAUGAUUGCUUUCUUGGCAGCACCAGUUCAGUGGUGCAGUGUGAGCGGCGUGAACGCUACCGCACCAAGCAACGGCAUCAUCCCCAACCGUCCCGAGAUACCCGAUUUUUAAUUCAAUCGGCAUUUAACCGGAUAGUAUGA